AUGGAAACACACAGUGAAGUUUUCAAAAAAUUAGGUACACAUGUGACAUGUGCAUUGCAAGAAGUUGGAGCCCAGCUCAAAUUUCACGCAAAACAUGCAACAAAUGAACUCGUGUCAAAUCUAGAUAAUUUUAAAACACCCUUUUGUGGCAAAUUAACCAAUGAAAUGAACUGCUCGCUGUUUCAAGAGCCCAACUCUAACACAUUAAGACAAACUCAAGUAAAAACGUCCGGAAACUAUAAAUUUGGGUUCGAAAUAAAUUUAGUUCCACAAGAUCUAGGUGUUUUAUCCGUUUCAGUAUCAGGUGCUGACGUUUCUUCAUUCAAUUUCACAUGGAGACGCGUUCUAUACUCCUACGAGUGUCAAUUGGACCACGUUUCUGGUCCAACAUACAAGCUCACAGCAGAUGAUGUGGGCACAACAAUCGCCGUAAAGUGUAAUUUGAAGGGUUCCGAUGAGGAAGCUGAAGCUGAGAUAGGGCCAAUAGACAUUGACGUGAGAUCUAAGCGCUUAAUACAGGAGGCUCUUAUAAACAACACUUCAAGACAUCAGCUUUAUCUGGUUGAAGUUAAUUCUGAAAAGGUACAAACAGGUUCAGACUACAGACAUUUUAUACUAUAUUUGCUCUCAGAGGAAGUGGUACUUAAACCAGAGGAUAACUUGGCAUUUAAUUUUAGAACCAAAUGCAGAUUUGGAACAGAUUACCCAAGGGUGACCUUAGACCUUGAAGAUGAACUUAAGUUUUACCUUGAAUUUGAUCAAAGUUUGAAAUACACACUGAGGGUAUACAACAAGAAUCAAAGAGAUUCUGUGGUCUUGAUGAUUAGGGUAUUUCACAGCAGAGUGCUCCUAAACAACUGCUUUGAAAACAAUCAAACUGAGUUAACUAGGGACGGAAGGCUGGAUCUAAUAGUAAAUAAGAAAACCUUUAGCCUAAAUUCGGUGAUUCAGAGGCAGGCUAUGGAUUUGUCGAAUUUAAUUUUGGAAAACUCAAGACUUGAGCGUGAACUCGAAAGGUCGAAGCAAGAAAAAAGCUUUCUGGAGCUUGAAAUGAAGAACACAAUUCAGGUAUUUCAGGAGCAAAUCGCAAAAGAAUCAGUUAACUCGGUUCCAGAAUCCACUAGAUUGAGGGUGCACGAAGAAACUUCUCGGCAUCCCGGAACUAAUAAAUUCCUUUCAAGACAAACCACUUCUGCUUCUGGAUACUCUGAUGUUGAGCCAAGUAAUAAUGAAAAUCAAGGAUUAUAUAUGGAGCUGUUUAGCAGGAACGCAUCGUUAAACGAAAAACUAAGCUUACUAACAAAGGAAAAUUCAACUGAAAAGAAUAGGCUUGAAAAACAAUGUAAAUGUGUAUUGAAAGAUUAUGAAAAGAUGACCUCAGAAAAUGAACAAUUGCUAUCUAAGAUGGGGGAGCUCAGAUCGAAAAUUAAAAAUUCCGAAGAAGAUUCUAGUUCUGUUGAUAAUGAAGCUGAUCAACAUGAGAACAAGGACUCAACUGAUAACUCUUAUGAUUGGAAACUUCUUGAAACUGAAUUACCAAUAAGUAUUCAUAAGAAAGGGAAUGAUUUUAAGUCAAAUUUGGUCUACAAACCUCCUGGUUGGUCAUGCAUCUCACCAGACCCUAAGAUUCUUGAGUUUUCUAUUCAAAUAAUUUCAAACGGAGUUAUUUUAGAAACAGUUAAACUAGGUUCGAAGUCUCACUAUAUUCUUGGAUCAUUGGAUGACUGUGAUUUCGUUUAUAAAAAUCCCCAGGUGUCAAGGAAGCACUUUGUACUUCACUACACAAGGAGUAAUAGCCUCGUAAUCUACGAUCUAAACUCAACAACUGGAACUACAGUAAACCAUAAGCAACUUUUGCCAGAGAAAUACUAUCUACUAUCCCUAGGGGAUCAGAUUAGAAUAGGGAAACCUGGUCUAAGCACCAGAUCAUACAUCAUUACUGGCCACUCGAUAUUCUCAGAAGUCGAAGAUGUUCUCCAAGAAAAAUUAGAAUCAAUGAGAAAAAAGAAAAAGAGCGACGUUGACAAGGUAAAGAUAAUGAAAAAGAUAGAAAAAGAACUAGAAAAGGAGCUGAAAAUAACAAAGGUCGAGGAGUCGUACUACGACACGAGCCUAUUUUUGGAUGAAUACGACGAGUAUUUGGACGAAAAUCCAGAAAGGCACAAAAGGAAACAGACUGUAAUGAAAAAAUCUGACAUUUUGUUAGCAAUUUUAAAGCUACAAAAGAGUGAAAUACAAAUUUUGAAUAAUUGGUACACAGUUCUCAAAGACGCAACUCCCGACAACUAUCAAUUAUCUAAAGAGUCGGCCUCUAAAAUAGAUUUUGAACUUGAGAAGGUUAAAAAGAAACAAUUAAAAGAGGAUAAGCUAAAUUUUCAAAGGGAUUUGGAUAGAAUCAGAGGUGAAUUAGAUCACAAUUUCAAAUUGUUGCGUGUCGCAUCAUACUGA